UGGAAUGUUUGAGGCAUUUUUGGCAAAUCCCAUGCGCUCAUCUGAUGAUCUUUCCCAUCCAAGACUACCAAAUGUGUCCACUAACUGUACUCUAUCAUUUGGGAUGAUUCGAUUCUCGGUUUUGAUUUAUUCCUCUUCUUUCUCAUUGCAAUCCAUUCAUCUGUUUUCACUUCGACACGUCUCAGCGCCUCAACAUCAGCUUUAUCAUCACUUUCAACUGCAAGUGCUGACUUACAUCCGGCUCAUCCUAGGAGUGGUCCGUUCACACAACCUCGAUUAAUCCACGACAAGAGCGAAACUUGCAAUGUUAAAUCAUGAACCAAAUCAAAAUGACAUAAUUGAUCAAAUCGUCAAGGGGCUAUCCAUUUUGCUUACAAAAUGGAAUUGCAGAGACCUUCUUGCUCCCAAGAGCAGUCUACCCCUUAAUGCUGAUGACUCGACACGGGACCAUGAUGAUGUUAGAUUGGGCAGAUGGAAAGGCCUGUCACCCGAUAAAAUCAAGGAUCAAAAAGCUCUCCUACUUCAAUUAGAAACGCGCAUUCUACCCUCAUUAAAACAUCAACUGGCCGAUCUGUUGAAGUCAUUAGACCUAGCCGACCCGUCGAAAGAACCCAGGCCAAACCUUCUUGAUGUCCUGGAAAUUGUAUCCCAGAUCGGCCAGAGCUUCAAUCAAAUCAAUGGCUUCCUGUAUUCCAUUGCUGGCAACCGUAACUCUUCAGAACACGACCACGAUUACGGUGGUGUGAAAUACUUCAGAUAUCGCCCAUUAAUGGAGAAAAUCAAUCGUCUGAUGAGCCAUCAUAUCUGGAUAUUAUUCCAGCGUCAUAUCCCAGGCAUUCUAAAGCGAUCGAAGGACCAUCCGAUUUGGUUGAACGAUCGAUCAGAUCUAAUCACCCACAGGGAGCAGCUGAUUGAAGGAAUAGCCCGAUCUUCGGACUACAUCGACACAAUCAUCAAAUCGUCCAAGCGAUCUGACUUCAAUAUUCUCCAAGACGAAUGGCGAAACUAUUCAAAUGACCUUAAUAAUCUUCUGAAAAGUAUUACCGUAAAAAUCAAUCCAGCAGAUGAAGAGGAAUGUCUUCUAAUUGAUGUUGGUCGACCGGAAUCUAAAUACUACAAAGCCACCGUCGAUCAAAAUCAUUCUAUCAACACCGAUUCAGCUGAAAUGGAUUUUAAUUCGAAUAACCAUGAAGACACCCAAUCCGAUGCUAACUCUUUGAUCGAUCACGAAGAUAAUCAAUCGGAUACCAACUGCUCGACGUGCUCCUCUGAAGAAUCCUUUUUAAGAUUCAUGAAGCUUACCCAAUCAAUCAUCCCAGUGAUCAAAUUGGUCAGAAUCUUACUCAACAAGCUAUCGAACCCAAUAAGUAGAAUACCGUUCACGAUCGAUUCUAAGAUGAGUUCGAUGGACAUCCAAUCGGUGCAGAGUAACCUCAGCUCGCUCAAUUACACUAUUCGCAGUAUCCUAAACAGCUUGCACUAUGGGUAUCAUUCUGACCAGAUUAUGGAUCAGCUAGAGAACGUCAAGAUGUUGCAGGAGCGACUCUCGAAGGAUUUUGAUUCUUCCAUAGCUUUGCUGUGUUUGUAUCUAGUUCCUUCAACUGAUAUAGAGCUGGAUCUUCCUGCAUCUGGAGAUCUCAUCAAAACUUGGUCUCUUGGAUUAAGUGAACAAUUCUCCUUGGCUACUAAAAUUUUUGAUAAAGCUCUAUCUGAAUUCGAAAAGGAGAGCAACUCAUAAUCAAUCCAUUGUCCACUAUUUUCCAAUCAACAACCUAACCUUUUCCAUGUUUUAGAAUAGCAAGUGUCCAAUCAGUUCGAACAUGAACAAGUGGUCAGUUU